GUUAACGGAUUUCAUUAUCGCUCGUAGCUCGUAGUGUGACUACCAAUUUUCGCCGUUAUUUACGAUUGUUUACUACAUCUGGUGCAUGUCGUGUAUUUUUGUCUCGCGUAUAUUAUCGUUACACUAAAUAACAGCUUUAGUUAUUCGUCAGUGACUAGCAAAUAACAGACCGAUUUGAAAUUAUACUGUUGGCGGUGAGGGGUAAAGCGGUGUGCAACUCCAGCAUACUCCAGUUGGUCUUUCGUCCUCGUAUUCGUGUUUCGUACCGGCAAGUAGUGGCAAGUACCGACAUGUCUCUCUAUCUCCUCGCCAGAAGAGCUACAACAGCAGUAUCACAAGUAGGAACACGUCUAUUAUCUUCCAUGGCUCAGGCUUUGCAAACACACGGGGUCGUACCAGAUGUGGUUGACAAGGUACCUGCUGAUGUGCUGAAGGUCACAUAUCCCAACAGUCUUGCUGUUGAGAUCGGAAAGGUACUCACACCGACUCAAGUCAAGGAUCAGCCUAACAUCCAAUGGAGUGGCGAAGAUAAUGCUUUUUAUACUUUGUGCAUGACUGAUCCUGAUGCACCAAGCAGGAAAGAACCCAAGUUCCGCGAAUGGCAUCACUGGUUGGUCGGUAAUAUUCCUGGAUCAGACGUGUCCAAAGGAGAAAUUUUGUCUCAAUAUAUUGGUUCUGGUCCUCCGCAAGGUACUGGUCUUCAUCGAUACGUCUUCCUGUUGUACAAGCAACCCGGCAAGCUGACAUUUGAUGAGAAGCAUUUGACUAAUCGUAGUGGCGACAAUCGCGGAAAAUUCUCUAUCAAAAAAUUUGCUGCUAAAUAUAAACUCGGUGAUCCAAUUGCUGGUAACAUGUAUCAGGCAGAAUGGGAUGAUUACGUACCGAUUCUCUACAAGCAGCUUGAGGGUUAAGAAAAUAUAUAUACCAUGAACUUACAAUAUACAAUAUAAUAUAAUAA